AUGCAUGCCCCCUGCUCGCGCGCCGCAGCGCUGGCGGCCGGACUGGCACUGGCAGCGGGACUGGCGGGGGUUCCGGCGCUGGGACCGGAGUUGCUCCACAACUUCAACCUCUCCAGUGUCUCGCUGCUUGGGGAUGAGACCUCAGUGCUGGUGGCCCAUGUCCAAAGCGCCGAGGCGUGGGAACUGCACUUGUCUCGCCACACCCGGAAUGGUCUCGAGUGGAAUCACUCCGAGGAGACAUCCACCUUCAUCGCCUCCUUGUCGGGUCCGCUGGUGGGAACGGCCAUUGCACGAGCGACCAGUGCGUUGCUCCUGGCAUAUGCCGAGGAGGGACAGGUGCAGCUCCAUGCGCUGUCGCACGGAGGAGCUACCUCCUCCACGGCCGUGGCGGCGAAUGCUACGGCGGUGCAGCUGGAAAUCCAUGAGGAGCUGGCCGUGCUUUCCAUGCUCGAAACUGGUCUGGGGCGUCUUUCCGCGUGCAGCGUUGAGACGCAGGCGGCCUCAGUGAAUGUGAUUGCUUGCGCUGAGGGGCCUGAGGCCACAAGCUUUCGCUCCAUCUCCUUGACCAGCGCAGGGUUGGUCGUCUUCUACGUCUCGCCAAAUGGUGAGCUUCGAGUUUCUUCACUGGUUGUUUCACCCUUCCAAGUUUCUUGGACCUCGAGUUCUUCUGUCUUGAGCGCCGAGGCAGCAGGCGUCGGACGGCGAGUGCUGUGGGUGGAGCAGCUGCUCUCAGGGGACUUCGGCGCAUUGCUGCAGGAGUCGCCAGAUGGCCCUGCUCGCUUGGUGCUUGGACGCUUUCAGGGCACUCAGCUCCAAGUGGUGAUGGUUGCAGCUUUGCCAGACCCUGACUUGGAGCGCUUCGCUCAAGCACCCAGCGGCGCGCUGCUUUUGGCUUCACGUGCCGGUGUGCGCUUCGCAGUGCAGGGUCAAGCCAGCUUGACUGUGGGUCCAGCCAUAGCCGUCGAUGCACUCUAUGUGCAGAGUGUGAAGUCUCAAGGCUUGCACACUGAAGCUAUUCUGGCGACCGCCACCUCUCUACGGCUGGUGGCAGACUAUCCUUGCCGGCUGCCGCCGACCACGGCCCGCUAUGAGACUGGCGAUUGCGCUGGGAUCUUAGAGGCCUCUCGGUGUCACCUUGCCUGUGACCAGGCUGCAGUGCCAGAAGAUGGUUUCGCUGUUCCACAGGCCGUGUGCCCUGAAGAGGCGGGGCUCUUUCAGUUGCGUGGAUGCAGUGCUCCCCGGUGCUAUUUGCCUGCAGAGGUGGCCAUCGAGUUUGAUGUGGCUGACUGCAGCACUGUGGCUGGAGCACUCAGUGAAGAGGAGUGUUUAUUGCGUUGCAGAUCUGGACAGAGUGCUGCCUCCAAAGCCCUUUGUGCUGAGCACUUGGGCACCUUCCAACUCUCCGGCUGUGAAGAGGUGCGCUGCAAGUUGCCAGCCGAGACCACAGGGUAUGAUGUCUCCCAAUGUGAUGCAGUGGACAAGACGGUGCCUUUGUAUCAAUGUGCGGCCUCUGGACGUUGGGAGCUGAUGCUCUCAUUGCUUUCAAUACAUGAAGCUCUCACGCUUGACACCCCAGCCUGUACAGCUUUACUGAAGCUCUAUGGGCGCUGCAGUGAGUGGCGACGGGCCUUGAGAAUCUUCGAAGGAAUGCUGAGUCAAGGGCCAGCCUUGAGCGCCUUGAUCUCCUCCGUCCCUUGGCACCUCGCGCUGGCUCUUUUGACCGCACGGCACGCCGUGCACGGAGCGCAGCCCAAUGUGGUGGUCUACAACGGCGCCAUCUCCAGGUGCGGAUCGGCAGAAGUGUGGGAAGCAGCACUAGAAGUGUGGGAUGAGAUGGAGAUCCAUGGUAUUCGCAGAGAUCCUGUGACGUGUGGGAGUUUGAUCGCUGCAUGCGAGAAGGGAAGUGUUUGGACUAUGGCACUGGAAGGGCUGGGUCACUAUCGUUCCCUGCGGAAUGUGAUUGCAGCAUCUACAGCCAUCUCAGCAUGUGCAAAGGCCCAGGAGUCUGAAAAGGCCUUGGAAUUGCUGGAGGCCUUGCCAGAGAUGCAGAUCGAGCCAACUUCUGCAGCCUUCAAUGCUGCUAGCAUCUGUCAGAGAUGGGAUGCUGCAGUCAAGCUGCUGCAUGCUGCAAAGUUGGCUGGGAUCAAGGCGGGUUCAAAGUCGGAUGUGACCUACCUCAAAGCUUUAGAGAGAGGAUCUUGCUGGCAGACUGCAAUCUCUUUGUGGAACAGAAGUGAUGCACAACUGGCUUUGGCCAUCCGUGCCUGUUCUCACUCCAGUCAGUGGCAAAGCGCAGUAGCUCUUUUGGAAGUGAGAUGCAGCACUUCGAAGACAAUGUCCUUGGAGUUGUGGAAUGCAGGUCUCGGGUGCCUGGCAACCCCUGAGACCUGGCUUUUGACAUUGGAACUCUUCGAAGGACUGGAGAGGUCUCAGACGGCACUGGAUGCAUUCUCAUACAACCUGGCGAUAAAGGCUUGUGAGGUGGGUCAUCAUUGGGAAGGAGCUUUGGCCUUACUUCGGGAGGCAAAGAAGUGGUCUUUUGGCGAUGUUUUGAGCUAUCAUAUGGCGAUGACCACGUGUAUGGACACUUGGAAAUGGGAAGCUUGUAUCGAUUUGUUGGAGGAGUUGGAGAUCUCUUCUUUGGAGCCAAACCUGUUGGCCUACGGCCCAGCCGUUGGCGCUUGCUUGCGGGCCUUACGUUGGGAGCAACCCCUAUCUUUGCUGCAGGGCUUAUGGCUGCGCAGCCUCACUCCAGACACUGCGAUGUGUAACGCCGUGAUCACGCUUUGCGAGAGGUCUGGGCAUUGGGCAUGGGCCUUAGAGCUACUGGAGAGGAUGUAUGAGAGUGGGCCACCUCCAGAUGCCACCACCUAUAACGCAUUGAUCAAUGCCUGUGCCACCGGCAGCAGUUGGGAGGCUGCAAUCUUUUUCCUCACCUCUCAGGUGCGAGACUGGUCCGAGGAGGCCUUGGGUGCCACGUUGCGGGCGUGCAGCCUGAGCAGCAAGUGGGCAGAAGCUUUAGCACUACCUCGGACCAACUUGGCUUGUAGCUUUGCAGCCCUAGAGGCACAGACAGUAUAG